UAUAGGUGCAAUUACAAUGAAUACUGCUGUGGUGAUGAUAUCUGCUGUGAUUAUCUGACAGGUUACUGGUAUUUAUGGUAAGACUUGCAAACUUAUGUCAUUAUUUGCAUGACCACUCCCUGCUGGACAAAAAUUCAUGUAGGGAUAAUUCACAUAAGGAUAAUAUGUGGGUUGGUGUGGUAAUUUAUAGUUUGUAUCUCCUCGUGUUUGUGGGUUUCUUCAGCUUCUUUUAAUAAUAAUGAUCGAUUGCAGCCCUUACUAGAUUAAAACCUGCUAGCCUCUGUGUUUAAUGUACAAGGAAAACGUCUUUUUUUGACAGGUUACUAUCAGGUCUCUUUCUAUUCUCUCUCAUCCUGGUCUUCUGCUGGAUGCGGUACCACAGAUAUUAUUCAAAAAAAUCAGUUGAGGCAUCAAGCAAAGGAUAUAUACCCGUGUCUGGAACAGUGGUGCAAUAUGGAGAACAAUAUUACGUUCCCCAACAACCCCCACAGGUGCCGUUUGCACGUGAACCUCCAGUGUACACUGAGGAAAGACAGUUUCAGUCACAAGAAUAUGAGGAGUCACGAUACUACCCUCCACCAUAUGACUAUAUAGAGAGAAAGUCUCCAAGUGCACCCCCCGAGGGCCAAUAA